AAUAAGGAAAUAUCUUCAUUUUACGAACAAGGAGAGAAGCUGCACAGAAGCAGAAGCAGAAGCAGAAGGCUCCGUUCUUCAUCACUUUAGAUGGCACAGAAAGUUAUUCUGAAAAUUCUGGCCAUGAAUGAUGACAAAACAAAGCAGAGAGCCAUGGAAGCUGUUGCUGAUAUCUACGGAGUUGAUUCAAUAGCUGCAGACCUUAAAGACCAGAAGUUGACUGUGAUAGGGGAGAUGGACACUGUAGCAAUUGCAAAGAAACUGAAGAAAAUAGGGAAGAUUGAUAUAUUAUCAGUUGGGCCUGCCAAGGAAGAGAAGAAGGUGGAGAAGAAAGAGGAGAAGAAGGAUGAGAAGAAGGAUGUGAAGAAAUAAAUUAAAUAAUCAUUUUUUUUUUGUAAGAGUUUCUGAAAUUGUGUAAUUUGAUCAAGAAUCUUGUUUUUCUCUUGUCAGCAAUUGUUUAUUUUAGUUGAGGAAUAUUAUAUUUGAGAAAUA